AUGCAUGGAUUGCCACAAUUAGAAGAGAAAAGUGGUGUGUGUGAGGGUUGUCAAAUUGGAAAAACACACAGAAAUAGUUUUCUAAAAGGUCAAGCUCUGAGAGCAAGUGUUCCCCUUGAGUUAAUUCAUGUUGAUCUUUUUGGCCCUAUGAGAAAUGAGUAUAUUGCAGGAAACAAGUAUUUCAUGUUGCUCAUUAAUGACUACACAAGAAUGAUAUGGGUGUAUUUCUUGAGAAACAAGUUCGAGGCUUUCAAUUGUUUCAGAAAAUUUAAGUCCAUGACUGAACUUCAAUCUGGACACAAAGUGAAGAGUUUGAGGAGUGACAAAGGAGGAGAAUUUCUAUCUUCUGAGUUUAUACAGUUUUGUGAAGAUCAUGGCAUUCAAAGGCAACUCAUAAUGGCCUAUACCCCUCAACAAAAUGGGGUGGUAGAGAGGAAGAAUAAGACUGUGGUUGAAAUGGCCAAGUCCAUGCUACAUGAGAAGGGAAUACCUUAUUUCCUAUGGGCAAAAAAUGUUCACACAGCUGUAUACAUUCUAAAUAGAUGUCCUACCAAGGCUUUGAACAAUAUCACACCCAUUGAAGCUUACAAUGGAAGAAAGCCUGGUAUUGCACAUUUGAAAAUUUUUGGUUCCUUGUGUUAUGUUCAUGUGCCAACUGAACUAAGGCAUAAACUUGAACCUAAAGUGUAA